GUUCCAUCAAAGUGAUAAACUUCAACCCCUCCAGGCCCCGGGAGUGGCUGGGUAUAAUACUGCAAAUGAGACAUAGGAAGUAAACAGGAAGUUCUCUUCAAACUUCGGACUCUGAGCAGUGGCUGGGCUUCCAGAGUCAAGCUCUAGCAGAGCACACCCCACCAACAAUCUCUAGGGACACGAAUGGUGAGCAAUGGACACAGGGAACUGGAGCCAGGUAACAGAAUUCAUCAUCUUGGGCUUCCCCCAUCUCCAGGGUGUCCAGAUUUAUCUCUUUCUCUUGUUGCUUCUCAUUUACCUCAUGACUGUGUUGGGAAACCUGCUGAUAUUCCUGGUGGUCUGCCUGGACUCCCGGCUUCAUACACCCAUGUACCACUUUGUCAGCAUUCUCUCCUUCUCAGAGCUUGGCUAUACAGCUGCCACCAUCCCUAAGAUGCUGGCAAACUUGCUCAGUGAGAAAAAGACCAUUUCAUUCUCUGGGUGUCUCCUGCAGAUCUAUUCCUUUCACUCCCUUGGAGCGACUGAGUGCUAUCUCCUGACAGCUAUGGCCUACGAUAGGUAUUUAGCCAUCUGCCGGCCCCUCCACUACCCAACCCUCAUGACCCCAACACUCUGUGCAGAGAUUGCCAUUGGCUGUUGGUUGGGAGGCUUGGCUGGACCAGUAGUUGAAAUUUCCUUGAUUUCACGCCUCCCAUUCUGUGGCCCCAAUCGCAUUCAGCAUGUCUUUUGUGACUUCCCUCCUGUGCUGAGUUUGGCUUGCACUGAUACGUCUAUAAAUGUCCUAGUAGAUUUUGUUAUAAAUUCCUGCAAGAUCCUAGCCACCUUCCUGCUGAUCCUCUGCUCCUAUGUGCAGAUCAUCUGCACAGUGCUCAGAAUUCCCUCAGCUGCCGGCAAGAGGAAGGCCAUCUCCACGUGUGCCUCCCACCUCACUGUGGUUCUCAUCUUCUAUGGGAGCAUCCUCUUCAUGUAUGUGCGGCUGAAGAAGAGCUACUCACUGGACUAUGACCAGGCCCUGGCAGUGGUCUACUCAGUGCUCACACCCUUCCUCAACCCCUUCAUCUACAGCUUGCGCAACAAGGAGAUCAAGGAGGCUGUGAGGAGGCAGCUAAAGAGAAUUGGGAUAUUGGCAUGAGUUGGCGCUGAGAGUAGGCCAAGGCCGGGCCUGAGGGUAUGGUGGCCCCAGGGAUCAACAGUGGCCAGAGACGAGAAACUACAAAUUCAGUGCUUUUCUAUGUGGGGUGGUGGAGCUGCAGCAAGUGCUGACUUUCAGUGUUAUAGCGACCUUCAUACUGUCUGCUGGAGCCACGUUUGGCUUGAGACCAGAGACUAGGGAAAGUACACAUCCCUUCAACAUGAUGUAGUGCAGUGAUUUUCAAAACUCAGAUGUUUAUGUAUCACACUUAGGUUUUUUUUUUUAAAUCUGUGUCUUACCUAUUAUACAUAUAUAGGCAUUUUUCAAAUUUACUUGACUUAAUAUAAAUAUAGUCAGUCAUGUCCUAAACAAAAUGUGCUAAAUAAAAUUUAGAACAUGAAAUUCAUGAUGUUUUUUGUACCACUUGCAAUCAUUUCAUGUGGAGAAGACUGGUACAGUAGAAAAAAGCAUGUUUUUUGAACUCAUAUAUAUCUGGAUUUAAAUCAUAUUUUAUUCAGUCACUUGCUAAUUACUUAAUCUUUAGAAAGUAACUUAGCAUCUCUGAGUCUUAAUUUCAUUAUUUGAUAAUGAUAUUUUCUUGAAGAGUGUUUUGAAUAUUAACGUUAAGAUUUGUAAACCACAGUGCACAGUGUCUGACAUGUAGGUGAUAGUAAAUAAAUAAGGACUUGUUUUUAUUUAUUUUAUUCUGCGAAGACUUCUCAUCAUUACUCUGAGUCUUAGAACAAUAUCUAGUAAAACAUAAAUAAACAAAAAUAUUUUCCAAGUAUUUUCUCCAAAGGAAAGGAGCAAACCAGCCAGAAGGAAUACUUGUAUAGUGUACAAGUAUACUAUACUUGAAAAGUAUAGUUUGUCACAGUUCUGUUCUGACAAGUUUCAUGUACCUGUCUUAGUGGUCCUAAUAUCUAUGGCCAGUAUAAUGUAUGAAAGUAUAGGAGUUGAGUCAGUGGAAAGAAAUAGGAUUACUUUUUACAUCGAACCAUUUUUUUAUUUAAUUGUAAGCUAAUUAUUUCCUGAAACCUGUGAAAAAUAAUUCUAAAAUGUAGCAUAUGAGAGAUCUGGGGAUUGAAUUAAUAGCUAAUAUUAUGUAUUCUUUAUGUAUCCUUCCAUGAAUGGAGGAUCAAAUAUUAACUACAAAAAGUCUUUGAAUUCUAUAGAAAUUCCUAAGAAGAUUACAAAAUAUUUUUAAUACCACACUUUUAAAGGUAUUCAUCCAUCCAUGCAUUCAAAUUAACACAUUUAUUUAGCUCUUACUAUAUAUCAGAUGCAGUGUCAACCCUACAAAAGCAAUGAACAAGACAUAUAUAUGUCCAGGUCCUACCUUUAGGGUGUUUUAAAAGAGUUGAGAAUAUAAAUAUUAAAAUUAAAAUUAAUUUAUAAUUAGUUAUAAUUAAUUAUAAUUGUGGGAAGUAGUAUUAAGAUAAACAUGCAUUCUCCUUUUUUUUCACUUGUCUUUGAAGUUUAUUGAGAAUUUUAAGCAGAUAAAUGUUUUUACAUUAAAUAAUCACCAG